AUGGCCGACACUGUCGAUGAUACUAUGCUGAGCCCGGACAACUUGACACGGCUCCGCACCGCGGCUGGCGUGGCCUCAGAUGUGCUCAAGGAAGUGUCAGGAUGGCUCGCCGACGGCGAAAAGAUCGUCGACCUGUGUGAGCGUGGAGACGAGCUGGUCGAGAAGAAGCUGAGCACUGUCUACAAGGGGAAGAAUGUCUUGAAAAGCACAAACACUCCUGUGACGAUCAGCCCGAGCAGCCAUAUCACGCCUUUCACUCCCCUGAAGUCCGACGUCGAAGAUGCGGCCCUGACGGUCAAGGCCGGCGAGCUCGUCAAGAUCCAGCUGGGUGCACAGAUUGACGGCUUCGGCGCCAUUGUGGGAGACACCGUUGUCGUGCCGCAAGAGAAGGGAAAGAAGGCAGAGAUCACUGGCAGAGAGGCGGACCUGCUGUUGGCUACACACUAUGCAAAUGAGCUGCUGUUAAGAUUGAUGAUUCCCCCAGGACUCCUGGCCACGGGCUCAGACGAGGAGAAGGCGAAAGCUGCCGCGGAGAAACCACCCACACAGAGCAAAAUCAUCGCUCUGGUUGAGAAGAUUGCCAAAUCUUACGAGGUGAACGUGGUUCAGCACACGACGUCCUGGAUGUUUGAGCGCAAUGACAUCGAGGGAAAGAAGAAGAUCAUCCUGUCGCCCCAUGACGGAACCAAAGGCGACGGCACCCCCGAAGUUGGUGAAGUCUGGGGUGUUGAGGUUGGAAUGAGCUUGGGCUCCGGCAAAGUCAAGGACUUGGACAAGCGCUCGACUCUGUUAAGACGCACCAACCUGACGUAUGGACUCAAGAGGCCUAGUUCCCGACAGACACUGUCCGAAAUCGUCAAGAAGUUCGGCACAUUCCCGUUCAGUCUUCGUCAGUUAGAGGAUGAGAAAGCUGCAAAGGUGGGCGUGAUCGAGUCUAUCCGGGCCGGCGUGCUCAGAGAGUACAAGCCCUCGGCUGAAGCUGACGGAUCCCCCGUCUCGAGGCUCUUUACCACCGUCGCUAUCACCAAGAAUGGGCUCACUCGCCUAGCAGCCCCUCCCCCUUUGGACCUGGAGUCGGUCAAAUCCGACAAGAAAAUCGAGGACGAAGAGAUUUUGAAGAUCCUGGAGCGGCCAACCAGCAAAUCCACGGGCUCAAAGAGCAAGAACAAGAAGAAGAAGAAGAAGCCCGCCAAGAAGGCCGCCGCGGCUGAAGCGGACUCUGAUUCGGAUGAUUCUAGUGACGAGGAAUGA